AUGUCUGCCCCUGAGCCCGCGGCCGCAUCAGCUGCUCCCGCAGAGAGACCCCAAGAGCCACGCCGCACCGAGCUCGACGUCGCGAAGCUACAUGCCCUUCCGUCUGAACAGCAAGAUUUAUACCUUUUAACAUUUACAUCCGAACUUGUUCAGCAUGUUUCUACACUCACAAAAGAUGAACUCGCUUUGGAGCAAGCUUCACUAAAACAAGAGCUCUUUAAAAUCAUCAACCUCAGUUCCCCCACAGUCACACGAGUGAUUCGCAAUAACCUUGGUAAAUGUUUCGGAACGAUUCUCGGCAAAGGCGACCGCAUUCCUCUGUACGAUACUGUUCUCGACCUACUCGCUAUACUCAAUGGUGGGAAGAGUGUAGAGCUUAAAACCAAGCUCGCCGCAGGGCAUUGCUUGGGAGAGGUGUUUGCAAAUGCCGGUGAUAGCGCCUAUUCUCACGCAAGCGCUGUUACGGCUGGCCUCUUCAAACUACUUAAAGCUGGCAGUAACCAUGCUGGCGCUCGGGGUUCAGUCUUCGCCGCACUUCGAAAGGUAGUCGGUGGCCUGGGUGGUCCGAUUGAAGAGCCGAUAGCACGAGAUAUAUGGAAACAUGCCCGCAAUGCUGCUUCCAGCGACAAGUCAAGUCUCGUUCAAAUAAAUGCUUGCCGGUGUCUUGAACAACUUUUGAUUACAACCACAUACUUUGAUAACCAAAAUGAUAGUGAGACACUAAAAACACUCGUCUGGAAGGUCCUUGACAGCCCAGUCGCGCCUGUGAGACAUGCUGCUGCGUCAUGCUUAGCAAGAGCUCUUGUUAAGAACUAUUCACCACAAGAUGGUAUUGAGUUAUCAGCAAAAUCAAAGAAAAGCAAGCGACAGUCAAAAAAGCCACCGCAAAAGGCAGCAGAUGCAGACGAGGAUGAGCCACCAGAGAUGGAGUCUCCAUCAGCUAAAAAAGUCGAACCUCGCUUAUCAUUAUCACUUUCGGACAUUCUAGUGCAACUUUCUUCUCAAUAUGUACGGAGCUCAACUGGCAAUCGUGCCAGAGCUGGGAUAGCGGUCUGCUAUAAGUAUAUCAUUCAAAAUCUAGGAGAGAACGUUGUCGAAGAACGAUACGGUCAGAUUGCUUCGCAUCUGCUCGUUACCCUACUCAACCAUCCAACAGUUACAUACAAUCGUUUUCGACUGCUAAUGACUCGAAAGUUUAUCAAGAAUAUCCUUGAAGAUACCCUUGGUCGUGAAAUUCUGCGAGAAAAUAGCCAAGUGAAUGCUGCCAAUUGGCUCAUUAACUCCAUCUUGAAGGAUUACCCUCAGGUGAUCAAGGAGAGAAGUGAGCCAAGCAAGUAUACACUCGCAAGCGCUUUGAGCGCUCUCUCUUCGCUGAUAUCAUCACUUGGUUCGGCUGUCACGUCCUUGGCCGACGCUUGUCGCGAGGCCCUUAUUCAAGUCCUUCCACACCCUAGCUACACCGUUCAGAUCCAAACAGCCCAAUGUUUGCGCAACUUUGUUCUUGCGUGCCCAAGCCAAUUAAUAUCUUGCGUCACAAUCUGCUCGAAUAGCUUGAACCGUGAGAUUGGACAACUAUCAACGCCACGUUCAUCAUCUCGUCGCUGCCUUGGGUUCGCAAAUGGUCUAUCUGCGAUGUUGGGUACUUCUCGCUUGCAACCUCUCUAUGGAUCUGUCGAUGUUUUUGCUCGUGUUCUCUCGCAGGCAACAGAUUUGCUCAAGCACAGCGGUAGUUCUGAACUUCGAGUUGCAAGUACGCAAAUUCAGGUUGCGUGGAUCCUAAUUGGAGGUUUAAUGCCUCUGGGGCCGAGUUUUGUCAAAAUUCAUUUAUCGCAACUGAUGCUUCUAUGGAAGAAUGCUCUUCCGAAACCUUUAGGCAAGGCAAACACAGCCGAACAAGGGCCACUAGAGACGAGCUUCCUGGCACAUGUGAGAGAAUGCGCUUUAGGCUCCAUGCUCUCGUUUCUCGAGUUCAACGCCAAAUUGGUUACUGCGGACGGCGCUAGACGUAUUGCUGCAAUGCUACAGAACACAGUCGCCUUCCUAGAUGAAAUGACAUUGCCAAAAGCAGCGGAAGAUAUAUCACAACGUCUCUUUCCUUCUCUACAAAUGCACGAUUUUGCGGUCAUGGUACGCCGCCGCGUGCUUCAAUGCUUUACGAAAUUGGUCAAGAUACACCACACCGGCCAUUCGGAGAUAGUUUCUCAGUCGAGUCUUCUUAGCAUAGCCAUAUCCUCUUUUGCGGACCCCGACAUCGUACAUCCCAGUCCUAUUGAGACUUCUGUCGCCGCAUCCCCCGGCCAGUUCGAUAGCCUUUGGGACUUAUGGGAUAACUUUGGCUUUGGAGUCACAGGCUUGGCUCGAACCUACGUCAAUGAAACGCUUACUGGUAAACGUGCAGGGGGGGCCACUGCAUGGAACGCGAACGAGUCUACUGAUCAAGAAAUUGAUGAUAUUCUCAAUUUUCCCGUUUGUCAAGCGAGUGAACAUGAUAGUGUUCUCCUCUACGGUUCACGAGACGCUUUCUCGGCUUUCUAUACCGAUCCUCCCGUUACGGAGGCUGUGAAUGCUGCUAUUGAUCUUUUUGCGGUUGCUUUGCCUUUACAAGCACCAAAGGUUCAAGAAAGCAGCGUUGAGCAGAUCGUUACGUUGUUGUCCUCUCAUAGCUUGCAGAGAAACCCGGGUCGCAAAGUUGCAAUGGCCAUCAACAUAGCCAUAGCUUUGUUACACACUCUCAAAGUCGCAGUCAGAGAAACUAUUGCAUCUCCAGGGAAGCUAGAAACGUCCACCGAAAAGAUCAUUCAAGAACUAUUGCAGAAAUUCGUUAUGGACCCCGAUGCCAUUAUCCGGACGAUCGGAUUUGAGGCACUUGGCAGACUAUGUAAUAGGGCUGGAAAUGCGUUUACCAAUACCCAGAUCAACUGGCUUGUUGAUACGAUUGUGGCAAACCGUGAACCAAGUGCGCGAGCAGGAUGUGCAGCGGCUUUAGGCUGUAUUCACUCGAAAGUCGGUGGCAUGGCUGCAGGGUUCCACUUGAAGACAAUCGUCGGUGUUCUCAUGUCACUUUGCAGUGACCCUCACCCCGUUGUACACUUUUGGGCUAUAGAUGGUUUGGACAGGGUUGCGGAAUCAGCUGGGUUGACAUUUUCUCCUUAUGCAUCAAGCUCGCUGGGGAUGCUUGCCCAGCUUUAUGUGGCGGAUACACAUAAUGAGGAAACAGCUUCCUUGGCUACCUCAAAUCUGGAAGUGUUAUUCCCUACUCCUUUCGUCAUUAGUCGUGCAGUGGAUUCUCUGAUCAAUGUACUGGGUCCUGAUCUCCAGGAUAUUGCGAAGACUCGCAAUCUCAUUCUGACUUUGGUUCGCCAAUUUCAGCUAGAAGAGUCCCCAGCAAUGAACACGCAAAGCUCUCGAUGCCUAGACCACCUCUCACUGUAUGCGCCAUCACACGUCGAUCUCACGGUUUUCGUCAAGCGCCUUCAUGGGGGUCUCACGUCGAAGAGUUCGCUGAUGCGUGAGGCAGCAAUUCGUGGAUUGGAUAAUCUUAUGAAAAGGGAUGCCGAAGGUGUUAUAUCAUCUACGGCUUCGACUUUGGAGGACGACAUUUGGCUUGCCUUGGAUGAUUCCCCGGGAAGUACAUCUCUUCGAAGCUUGAUUCGCAACUGGUUGCAACAGACUGGGCUUUCUCAUACUCAACUGUGGGUUCAGCGUCUACACAACGUACUUACUAAAACACGAGCAAAGAAAGAUGAUAUUCCACCUAAAAAACCUGCGCGUGUGAAUACUACUUCCGAAAUUCCAGAUGACGAAGUUGCCGGGUUUGCAUCUGCUGUUGCAGGUGGAGAUCAGGAAGAAGGAGAUAGUAGUGCUACCUCUGGGCAAGACUUGCUCAAAUGGCAGACUCGUAAUUUUGCGGUCAGCUGUCUCAGCGAGCUACUGACUAUGGUCAACGACAAGAUUCUUCCCGAUCAAACCAUCCCUGCUGAACUUGCCCUGCAGCAGAAAAUCGGCGAUGUUGUCCGCAUGGCAUUCUCUGCUUCUACAGCACAUGUAGUCGAGCUAAGAGUCUGGGGCUUGAAGAUUCUUGAUCAAGUUCUCAAAAUGUUUGGAAAAACUCCCGACCCAGAUUUUUCGGAGGCUUCCCUUCUCGAGCAAUACCAAGCUCAAAUUGGAUCAGCCCUAACCCCAGCAUUUGCAGUGGAUUCAUCACCAGACCUGGCUUCAGAAGCUAUCAAUGUAUGCGGCACGUUCGUUGCUGCAGGCAUUGUUACAAAUGUCGAUCGAAUGGGCAGGAUAUUCCGACUACUCGUUGUGGGCUUGGAGCAAUUUGCUAAUAACCCCAACAUCACAGAGAUUGGUGAUCUGAAGGGACUCAACUCGAAUGCAAGGGUCAUGGUCAAAUUGGCGCUAUUUUCGGCUUGGGCGCGAUUGCAAAUGGCAAGCCUCGAACAACAGUAUCUGGUCAAUGUUGUUCAGCCAUACACAGCCAUGCUCACGCCGUUAUGGCUCUCCUCUCUUCAGGAGUUUGCUCGAUUACGAUUCGAACCUGACAUUUCUGGAAGUCUUGGCACUCCAUCGACGGGGGAUCUGGAUGAAGUAUAUGCGGCCUUGAACAGAGAAACAUUGCUUAACUACUAUCAAGAUUCUUGGUUGAAUCUUGUGGAUGCGAUUGCAAGUCUAGUCGAGAAAGACAGUGACUUUGUUUUCGAUGCAUUAGACAACAAAUCCAAAGCACAGGUUCCAGAGGAUGGUGACGAGGGUAAAACCAAUGGUCUUACACCUUCUGGGAAGGGCGACAGCAUCAAUUACCGUGAUGAGCCGGUUGCUUUCUUUUUCGUCCUCUUUGGACUAGCAUUUGAGGCGUUGGUUGAUCAAUCUGUGUUACCUUCGCAGAGGUUGGAGAUCCUUCAGGCUCUCAAGAAGAUACUACGACCAUCUGUCUCCGGAAAUGCUAUCUAUCAAGAUUCAGUCUUUACCGAGACAUUGGAUACUCUUGACCGUCUGGUUCUUACCGAAGGCCACAACAUUCAAACGGUCAUUGUUGAGAUGGCCAGAAAUUUGUCUCUCGAUCAUCCUUCAGCAAAGGGUGGCCAAGAUCGUGCCGAAAAUUUAUCUGACGAUAUCGAGCAGCUUUUCGAACUUACCAGGAACAUCAUCCUCGUUCUGGCUGGCCUGCUCCCGAAUCUAGGCGACUCAAGCUCUCGUACCUUCAAUGUUAGCUCAGAUGAGACUCUAACUCUAAUUCGUCUCGCACUAUCUGCGCUGGUCGAUGUCGCCGCGGUAUUCCCAGCAAUCAUCCGUCAUGACCUUCACGCUUGUAUCCUGCACAUCUUCAGUACUAUAUUAGCAACGGGUAUAUGCCAGGCAGAAGUUGUUCCACAUGCACUUCCUAUCUUCCGCAGGUUUGUCCAAGGCAUGAGUUCGCAAGAUACUCCGAUGACCGAAGCAGUCUCGUUACAAGUGCGUGGCUGCUUGUCACGUUUUCUUACGACACUCACAAUUGCACAACGCCGAGAAUCAGACACUUCUCUGCCAUGUGCAAAGAACACGCUCCUUGCCAUGACCAUAGUACUCAGUACCGGCAGUCAUGUCAUUCCACCGCAAGACCCUCUGAUUGCAAGAGUACUUGAUGAAUACCUAGAUUGCCUGCAGGACGUUGGCCUUGCCAGUGUGGCUGCAGGGUGUAUUCGCUCCGUACUGCUUCGAAGUGGACCGUUAUCCACCACGGAUUCAGCCAUUGGUCGAUAUCUGUUUCCUCGACUCAUUGCAUUCGUCGCCGGGGUCCCAAAUGAUCGAGGGGAGCCACCUAUCGAUCCUGAAAACUCGCGAGUAUCUAUUUUACAGACACUGGUUUUAUAUAUCAGCAACCCCGCAGGUUUUCCAACUUCUAAACUUUCAACGGCAGUUCCCUUGAUUGUCUCGACUCUUCUAGCACGUGCAAAGAAUGAAGGGACAGCAGUCUACCAGGAGAUGGCCGCUAGGCUUCUGGAGAUAGGAAAACUAGACCCAGUGAUUUUCCGCACGCUUGUUGCUUCUAUGGACCAUGACAAGAAGGCUCUUGUGGAGGAUAUCCUGCGCAGUAUUGGGGCUGGUUCUUCCGGCGAGGCUCAAGAUACUGGAGCGCAAGAGCAGAAGGCCGCACCGAGUAUUGAGCUGCGCUUAGACUUUUAAUUCAUGAUCAGAGCUAUCUCAGUGACGGCUGGUAUGAUGUUAUGAUUGAGUACAACCGACCUUGGAACGUACACUUGAGCUGUCAAAAUUGCUUAAGUUCGGAUAUUUCAUUAUACAAUAUAUGCAUAUGAUACCAACGAAUAAUAUAGAAGAAUAUAUACAC